AUGGUCACCACACGCUCGCGAUCGCGCGCCAGUGCUGCCGCCGCACCCGUCGUGGCGUCGCCGCACAUUGCCCCGAAACGCCAAGCCCCGGCCCGGCGCGUUGGGACAAGGCAGCAGCGUCGGCCAGGGCAGCGCUCUCCGUACUUUGCAGACCGAGCGGAACGCGGCGACGACCAGGAUGCCCUUGCUCCAGUCACGAAACGUCCACCUCGCAAACGGCGGCGCAAGGCUGUUUCGUCGGACACGGCGGCAGCAACAACAGCAGCCGGCGACGACACGGCCGCCGAAGAGACCGGCCAGCCCCAAUCCAAGCCCCGCACGGUCCACGGCAUGGAGCGCUCGGCCAACUUCUACGGGCUGAUCCAGGAGCUCGUCUCGCCCAACGUCUUCUGGCUGCUGGUGGCAACGUGCCUGCUCAACCAGACGCGCGGCCGCGCCGCCAUCCCCGUCUUCUGGCACCUCGUGGCGCGCUGGCCCGACGAGGGCGCGCUGGCCGACGCACCGCUCGACGAGCUCACCGCUCUCCUCCAGCCGCUGGGCCUGCACAACAUCCGCGCCCGCCGCCUGAUUGACAUGUCGAAAAAGAUGGUCGAGGUGCCCCACGACCCGCGCAACCGGUUCAAGGCGCGCGCCCGCGAGUGCCCCGAGACCCCUAUCGGAAUCUACCCGGGCGGACUCGGCGGGGAGCGACCGGUGGCCCCCGCCGAGCUGCGGCUGCGGGAGCAGCUCGAUCGACAGCUGCGCCUCGACGAGCCGCCGACGACCCGCGACGCGGCAGUGUCCAUGGGCCAGGUCGCGCACACCGCACACCAGCUGGCCACCGUCGCAGGGCACACCGCCAAGCACGAGCAGGCGGGGCAAGACGCGCACGCCACCGUCGUCGAGGCCGAGUCGGAGUCGCACAUCCCCGAGUGGAAAAAGGUGCUGCCCCUCGACAAGGAGCUGCGCGCCUACCUAGUCUGGCGGUGGGCAAAGGAGGGCAUCGAGUGGCACCCCGAGCGCGGGCCGGUGUCGGUACCACACAAGGCCUGA